AUGCUUGCAUCUCUAGGCGAUUUGGCGACCAUUGCGUACCUUAAAGAACGCAGAGCAAAUUACGGUGCAUAUUAUAUGUGGAGCCAUAUUGGUGGUGCCAUUUCGAUAUUCACUGUCGCUAUGUUGGCAUGGUUUAUCAAAAUUAACAUUUGUGGGACAGAAAACUAUGGCUAUUUUACAAUGUAUAUCGUUGCCAGCUGUAUGGCGCUACUUUCAAUGCUUUCUUUGCCGUGGUUUCGGUAUGAAUACAACGAAAAUAAAACGAUUAACUGGUCAGAAGUAAAAUCAGCAUUAUGCAAUACUCACUUCGCGCUCAUGUUUUGCAUUCUUUUUUGUACCGGAAUUCCUGCAGCGUUUCAGAUAUUCUGGGAGUUUUGGUAUUUAGACGGAUUGUUUGCAAGUCCUUUAUUAUUGGGUGUAGCUGGAUUAAUUCGUCGGCCAAUGCUGGCCAUUUGGACGCUAUUGUCUUGCGAGUUGCUGAAAAGAAUUGGUGAGCUGAAGACUAUAUGUAUCGCUUUUUCUCUGUUUUCUCUGUCCUUUUUGGCUACGUCCUUCACACGGGUACCAUGGUUUGUGCUGGCUAUCGACGUGUUGCAGACGGCUGCUUACGGACUAGCAUAUUGUAGCUUGACAGUGCAUUUUUCAAAAGCAGGUUCAAAAGCAAGUUCAGGAGUGAUUCGUGGUAAGUCUUUCUUAAACUCAUUUCCAAAUAGCGUCGAAUUUACAUAGCGUAAUUGUAUGUAAAAUGUAGGUAGACAUCUUAAAAAUAAAAAUAUGUUAUCAGUGGAAUGUUUAGUUAUAUAUUACCAUCUGCGUUCAACUUUGCGGCGUGUGCCGUUUCAAAAUGUAUAUGUUUUACGUUUCAAAACGUACGUUUGGCAUUUCAAAAGGUACGUUUUGCCACGCCGCAUGUCAUGUUUGGGCAAUUGGAAUGGCAUGUUUUGCUUAAUAUGCACUAGAAAAGUUUUACAAAGUAAUUCGCGCGUUUAAGAGCAAGCCGUUUAAUUUAAUAUCGGACGAUGAAAUCCGCGAACCAAAUUCAAUGCAAGUUCAGGUGGGUGAAACACGACAUGUUUUUGUCAUGACUUCGCCUAGGACAUACAACGAUUUAAUAACAGAAGCUAUUAAAGGCGAGAAAUUCAAAGAGAAUUGAAUAAAUAAAUUUCACUUUCACUUUCACUAUCACUAUACGAAAAUGGCGAGAAUGAAUUCGUGGUGAUGAACAGUGAUUAUCCCCUAUGUUUCAGAAUCGCGAUUUCUGGGGUAAAAUGUAUUCCAGGGACGGAUAUUGAUCGCCUGAAAGUAAGAAUAUCCGAGAGCUCUUCACCAAGUGUAAAAGCGAAAGCCGAAGAAUGAGAAUCGAUUUCCUUUGUAUCUGCCACCCAACGUGCAUUAGUAAAACGUAUCGCGAAUUUGUGUUUGAGCAUAAUUCGGUAUAAACGCCAGCAAAAAUGCAACUUUAUUUUUUACUUAUAUACUUAUGUAAAAACCUUUUUAGUGCGUAAGCAAGACAUGCCAUUCAAAGCCCCAAAACAUGUCAGUUUCAUUGCCCAAACAUGACAUGGGGCGUGGCAAAACGUACGUAAUUUUGAAACGUUAAACGUACGUUUUGAAAAUGCACGUCGCAAGCUUGAACGCAAAUGGUAAUCACAUAGUUCGUACUUUAUUUUGAAAAUAGACGAAAAAGAAUUUAGCAUUAAAAUGAGCUGAGAAUUGCCAAAUAAAGGCUUAAAUAAGCCGCGGCAUAUUAGACUUUUCCCAAAAGAGAUCACAGUGAAUUCUGGGAUCGUUUGAAGGGACAAAAUAUAUGGUGACAGGCGUCAAACAUGUGAAAGAGUACACACGUAAAAACGCACAAGUUAAUGUAACAAACCUGCAGCAGACUUGUAGCAAUGCUGUUCCAACAACUUGUCAACAGGAUGUGUUCGCACUGCUUGUUCCCAGCUUGUUGACAAGUUGUCGACGGCUUGUUGACAACUUGCUACAAGGUUUUUGACCUCAACAGACUUGUUACAAGUUGUUUCAACAACUUGUUAUCGUCCUGCAACAAGAUGUGAGUAACAAGCUUGUAGCAACUUGAUAAAAUAACAACAUUGUUACAACUUGUUGACAACACUGUUGCGAACACAUCUUGUUGACAAAUUGUGAGAUUUUUACGUGUGUAGAAGUAUCUACUAUCAAUGAUCAACUGUUGAACGACCAAAAAUCAAAUAUCUCCUUUUUACAUUAAACUUUUAAUUUAAAUUAAAGUGCUGCCAACAUGGGAUUCGCGUGACUAGACCCAGAACGUUGGGAAAUGGCUAAUUGCUUACGCGGUAUUUAUCCUGAUAUAAACCGCGGUAUUCUUUCGCUGGUGUAAAUGGCCCUAUUAGCGAUAAUACUUUUCAGUGGGAAAUUUUUACAGAGAUAUAUCCAAGAAAUGUUUACCUUGAAAACGCAAAAAUAAAAUGGAAUUCGGCAGCUUAUUCAUGCAUGUAAAGCUCGGAUUAACAGGGGUGGUGUGUGUGUGGGUGGAGUGGGUGGAUGUAACACCCCCACAGUCAUGACGGACUCCGGAAAUGUCUGCUUGAUUCGGCAAAUUAUUUUCGGAUUAACUGGCAAUUUGUUUUCGUAGUCAGCGAAAAUAUUUGAGUGGCUAGGAAUAAAAAAUAAUAUAGCAAAAAUUUUGCUAAAUUUACGAAAAUUAAGGAAAAAUUUAACAGAUUACGAUACAUUAAUGGGAAAGUUUGUGAAAAAUGGAAUGUCCGGAAUAGUUUUGCCCAUUUUCCCCUCAAAUGAUCAGAACGAUGCUUUGGAUUUGAUAUAAUGAAGGUAUUCAGGAGGAUAUCGACAAAGUAGAAUACUUAGAGGCGUAUCUCAGACGAAUUUGUUCGUAUUAGACGGCCAAACCUGCCCAAACUUGCUUUGCACAUCAUUUUGACAUCAUGCAUGUAUUAUGACGUCUUGCAUACAUUAUGACGUCAUGCAUCCGCCCCAUUCCUCCACAUUUCAUCCCCAUGCACUGCCCUGCUCCCCACACUUUAUGGUAAUCAUGAUGCGUUCCUCAAUUAAAAAUCCGGGUCAAACGGCCGAUAUACUACUACUUAUCUUGCUGUGUUUGAUUUGGAUAUUUAUGUAUCUCCAGGACUGCAAGAGGCGGUGUUGGCUUUGGGUACUGAAAGUGGUUCAGCUCUUUUGGGAGUUCUUUUCAACGCUUUGGGAACACGGACGACAUUACUUAUUUACUCAAUGAAUUCGGGAGUCAUUCUUGUAAUUUUACUUCUGUAUAUUCGCUUUUCAAAACGCGCUGAUGAUUAUGAAAAAUUGCCUCAAGACAUUGAUGAAGAAUGA